GUAAAUAAAACAAUAAUAAACAACUAAAACUGAUAAAAAAUGUUUAUUUUACAAAAUAUAUACACAUAUUACUAUCCUAAGCAAUUUAUUGUUUAUUUUUUUUUAGGUUUUCAAAUUUGGCGCUUAUUUUUUAAAUAGGGCAUCCGUUCUCAAAAUGGACAUCUCGCAUUUGAUUGGUCGGCGAUCUGGUUGCAAAAUAAAGGUAGGGUUAAGUGACCACAAUAAUUGGGUGUGUUUUAGUUUAUUUACCGUGCAAAAUUACAAAAUUUAAAUACCAUUAGGUUGAAAUUUUAGGUGAGACAUUAUAAAAACCAAGUAACUUCGUAGACUUUCAUUUGUUCUGUAUAAAGCUUGUUCAAGAAUCGGACAUUAUUAUUGCGAUAUACGCUAUUCAAAAAUCAGCUGUACAUAGUGAAACUGUUUUUCAGUUCUUGUAUAGAUCUAUAUUUUCGGUUUUUUGAGGAGUAUUUAUAAUGUCGCCAAGUCCAAGUCCUAUGCCUGGGUAAGCAUGAAACAGUUUUCCCAUUUUCUAUUUAUAGAUGCCAUAACAUUUGGGUUUAAUUAAUUAAAAUUAUUAUAAUUUAUUCAUAGCUUCUUCCUGUCCUUGCCUAUUGAUGUAAUGUAGUUGGUAUUAGAUAAAAACGCUGUUUUUCAUAGUAUAGUAAAAACAUACCUAACACAUAUUAAUUUUUAUUUAAAGUAAACUUACCUUAAUUUAAACUAAAGUUUUAUCAACUUGGUAGAUAUGAAUUUUACUAUACUAACAAUUUUACUAUACUAACAAUUUAACUGUAUAUUAAACAUUGUAAAUUCUAUACUAAUAAAGCUUUAAAAAUAUAUGCUUGUAUUAAUAAUAAUAUUCUGUAGAAAUAACAAAAACUAAACCGAACCAUGCACAUAAUACCUACUUCUAACAAAUAACUAGUAAAUAUGUUUAAACAUUGAUAAAUGAUAAAAUUGUUGAUAUAAUGAUUAAAUUAAACCAUUACAAAUCAUGACAACUUUGAAAACAAUUUUUAUGACUUCAUCAUAAUUAACCAAUUUUUUUAACAAUAACUAUGUGGAAUAUUAAAGACAAAUCACCUGAUGUACCUGUUAUGGGUGAUUUUAAGGAUGGUAAAUUGUUUUUACGAAGAAAACAUCAACAUGAUGGUAGCUAUAAAAAGUUUGAAGAUAUUGAUUAUUCCCCUGUUGAAAUUAGUAAACCUGAGGUUGUUGGUGAAAAAAAUGUCACUAAAUGGAUUACAAAUAUGUCCAGAGAUAAUAUGGCUUGUGCCAGAUGUGGAGAUGGGUUUGGGGCCCAAGAAAAAAUUGUCAAUUCCACAGGGCAGCUUUGGCAUCAGCAGUGUUUUGUAUGUGCCCAAUGCUUUCAGGAAUUCCCCAACGGCAUUUUUUACGAGUACGACGGGCGUAAAUAUUGCGAACACGACUUUCAGGUGCUUUUUGCGCCUUGCUGCAACAAGUGUAACAGCUUUAUCAUAGGGCGUGUGAUUAAGGCUAUGAAUGCUAGCUGGCACCCCGAGCACUUUCUCUGUCAAAUGUGUGAUAUGGAGUUAGCUGAGACAGGGUUCAUUAAGAACGGGGGUAGAGCCCUUUGUCAUGAGUGCAAUGCAAAAAUUAAAGCGCAAGGAUUGGGGAAAUACGUUUGUCACAAGUGCCAUUCAUUAAUCGACGACCAACCUUUGAAGUUCCGCGGCGAGAUGUACCACCCCUACCACUUCAACUGCACCGCUUGCGGAGUGGAGCUGGACGGCAACGCGCGCGAAGUCAGAAAUCGCUCGGGAUUCGCGAAAAACGACAUGAACGAGUUGUAUUGUUUGCGGUGCCACGACAAAAUGGGCAUCCCGAUAUGCGGGGCCUGCAGGCGGCCCAUCGAGGAAAGAGUGGUUACGGCCCUGGGCAAGCACUGGCACGUCGAGCAUUUCGUAUGCGCAAAAUGCGAAAAACCAUUUUUGGGACACAGGCAUUAUGAGAAAAAAGGCUUGGCCUACUGUGAAACUCAUUACCAUCAAUUAUUCGGCAAUUUGUGCCAUGUUUGUAACCAAGUAAUUGGAGGAGAUGUGUUCACUGCCUUAAACAAGGCAUGGUGCGUUCAUCACUUUGCUUGUUCGGUUUGCGACCAAAAAAUGAAUCAAAAAACCAAAUUUUACGAAUGCGACUUAAAACCUGUUUGCAAAAAAUGCUACGAAAAAUUCCCCAACGAGCUUAGAAGAAGGCUAAGAAGGCAACACGAGGCUACACCCAAAAAGGCAGGUACCCCAGUUUAAAUGACAAUAUAAAUUUUACUCCAGUUUUUUUUUAUUUUACACAAUUUUAAUAUUUAAGUAAUUCCUAGGGUUUUAAAAUUUUCAGAAAAAUUCACUUGAAUUUUUUUCAUUUUAUUUAAAAGAUUAUGCAAAAAAAAUUGCAAAAGUCAAUUUUUCUGAAAAUUUCCAUAUUUUUACGGAUAAUAUCCAUACACUGAAAUCGGGAAAAAAGUGAAUUUCCGACACUGAUUUUAAUGAUAUAUCAUAAUCCUAUUAUUUUAAUUUAGUAAGGAUAUUGGUGAAUAUUUUUAAAAACUUUUAUUUUUUUUAAACCAAUUUAAGUCAAUUCAAUUUAGGUUUUUUCUGUAAUAAAGAAUAUUUUCUUAGAAUUAAAAUCAUGGUAAGAUGUUGUUUGCUACUUUUUUAAAAUUCGUAUAAUUUCCAAAAAAACAAUUUUUCCCUAAAAAGCCUGGGAAAAAAACAAAAAAAAAUCUUUUUUUUUCGACAAUUUAAAACCCUAGUCAUUCCCAAUAGAAUUUGUCAAUAAAAAUAUAGAGUUUUAACUGUGCCUUAAUUUGCCUAAUAAAUGUGCUUAAAUUAUAGUGAUAUUUAUAGUCAAAAAUAUAUAUAUAAAAAAAUGCAAAAUACAUAUAUUAUUAAAUUUUGUUAACUAGUUAACGCCGUUUUAGCAUUUAUUAGAUAAAAGUUUAAAGAUUAAAGUUUAGCACUUAAAUUAUGUUUUAACAGAAAUUUAUAAAGUUAUAUUUUUUUAAACUCAAAACAAUUGAUAGUCAAAAAAUAUUUUGAAUAUAAAAUGCAACAGUAAAAAUUUAUGUUUAAAAAUAUUGAUUAUUAAAAGUUUUGGUUGUAAUAUUUUAUUCUACAAAAUUAUUGGUUUAAAUUUUUAAAGAGUCAUUUAAAUGAUAGUUGAUAAAUUUUUAAUACAAAAAUUCUCACAUUACAUUAAAUGUAAUGCAAAAAUUACCACUUUAAAAUUUAAAACUAACAUUUAA